CUCUGGGCUGCUGUGCUGGACCCUCCUCUCAGCUCCAUGCUUUGUUGUUGACUGAAAUCAAAGAUGGCGUCUGGCGUCGCUUAAAUUGAGGGAUCGGCGAAGAGAUGUCAAGCAUGGAGGGAGAGAUGGGCCUGGUGGCUGGGCGCAGUCAAAGGGAGAAAAAGCGUUCAUAUAAAGAUUUGUUGAGAGAGGAAGAAGAAAUUGCUGCGCAGGUGUGCAAAACUUCCAAGAAACAGCCUAAGGUAGAAAUGGCAUUUGGAAUAAAGGGGUCUUGAUGGGACCAUGACUUUCUCCCCUUCACUCCAUUUGGCCUCUACUGUUGUAGUGACUCUGAAUUGUUUUCAAUGGGGGGAGAUUCACAUAAGAAAAAGAAAAAGCAUUCUGAUGACUGCUAUUACAGAGACCACCAUGGCUCUGGUCCUCCUCCUCAUAAGAAGAAGCGCAAGUCUUCAGACCGCUCACCCUCACUCUCCUCUUCAUCCUCCUCUCAGCCUCCACACUCCACAGACACUGCUAUGGGCCUCUUGCAGGCCAUCACCUCCCCUAUGGCCACAGGCUCAGAUCCCAGCCCCCACCUGCACAAGAAACCCUCCUACCCUCCUCACUCCUCACUCUCCUCCUCUAAAGACCGUAAGCGUGAAGGCAGCUCCAAGAGCAGCCACUCCUCCUUCUCUCAUUCCCACUCCCGGCCCCCUGGCUCAUCUUCCUCAUCAUCCAAGAAGCACUCUUCGUCGUCCUCUUCCUCUUCUUCCAAGUCGUCCUUGUUCCAUGGCGGUGCAGGCAGGGGUGAGCCGCUCACUCUCAGAGAGGCUGAGGGGCUGAAGAUGAAGCUCAUCCUUUCACCCAAAGAAAGGAAUGAGGGAGGAGGGCCGAAUGAGGGGUUCCCCUUCCCUCCGCACUUGUCAUCCUCCUCGGGGACCACAGGACAUCACUCGUCCUCCAGCGUGAAAAAAGCAGGGAUGAAGAAGGAGAAGGAAAGGGACCGAAUGACGUCAUCCAAGCUGCCGAAAAAGAAGCAGCACAGCCGAGAGCCGCUGCCUGUGGUGGGGAAAGAAGUGGAAGUGGAAGGGCACUAUGGUGGGUCUUUAGGAGGACUGGGAGGCAAUAGUUCAUCCUCAGGAGGAGAGCUAGAGGCAGGUGAACUAGUCAUUGAUGAUUCUUACACACAUCUCUCCAAAAAGAAGAAAAAGAGCAAGAAGAGCAAAAAGAAAAAGGAGAAAGAGAAAGACAGGGACAAGGACAAAAGCUCAAAGGAGAAGAAGCACAGCAAAGGAGGAAGUUCGGGAAAGAAAGGAUUUACAGGGGACCUGUCCAAAAGCCACUCCCAUUCCCACAGCUCGUCCAAUCACAGCACUUCAGGAGGGAUGUACGCCAUGGCGCCUCCAAUCCAUUCUCAUCAUCAUCAUCAUCAGAGCAGUGACCACAUGGUUGAGAAGAAGAAAAAGAAAGAGGAGAAGGACAGGGACAAGCAUGACAAAGAUAAGCCAAAGAAGAAGAGUAUGACAGCGUACCAGGUGUUCUGUAAAGAGUACAGGCUCAAUAUAAACGCAGAACAGCCCGGGCUCGUAUUUGGGGAGCUGAGCAAGAGACUUGCAGAGAUUUGGAAACAAUUGCCUGAAAAAGAAAAGCAGGUGUGGAAGCAAAAAGCCCAGUAUCUUCAGCAUAAACAGAAUAAAGCUGAGGCCACCACAGUCAGGCAGAAGAGCUCCUUGUUGGACAGCAAAAGCAAAAUCUCCAGUAAGGCUGUGGGGUUAGGAUCAGGCUUGACCUCUGCAGGUCGCUCUUCUCUGGGCAUGGCUCUGUCACCGGUGCGUGUUCCAGAGGUGGAUCCCAUCGAUGCCGCUGCCCAUCUGCAGCUGCUGGGAGAGUCCCUCUCGCUCAUUGGACACCGGCUACAAGAGACAGAGGGAAUGGUGGCAGUGUCCGGCAGUCUUUCUGUUCUUCUGGACUCCAUACUGUGUGCACUUGGUCCGUUAACCUGCCUCACUGCCCAGGUGCCCCAGCUCAACGGCUGUCCCCGCAGCGUCCUGUCAAACACCCUAGACAACAUAGCUUACAUAAUGCCUGGACUAUGAGUUCUCACACCACUGGCCAGAAUGCUGUACCCCAACUGCACUUCAUGAGAAACUGACCUCACUCAUCAUGCAAGACCUUUUUUUUAGGGGUACUAAACAAAAUAGAACCAGAGGAUUUUUAUCUGUUCCCCCUUAAAA